AUGGUUGUAGCAGGCGCCGGUUGCACUCCCAUGAUCGCGUUAGGAAUUCCAUAUAUGGACGAAAACGUAAGCGCAAAUGUGUCACCUAUGUACGUGGGUAUAUUUUUCGCCUCUGGAAUUUCUGCUGUCGCUGUUGGAUUUGUGUGUAUCUCAAAGUUUCUUUCAAUGUUUGUGGAACCUGGUGUCCAGACCUCGUUGGCAAUCCGCGAUCCACGUUGGGUAGGGAACUGGUGGCUAGGGUUUCCCAUAUUUGGCGCGAUCUGUGUGUUUUGGAGCAUUUGGCUUUUGGGAUUCCCGAAAAAGUUUCCGCUGACCAAGAAAGAGCUGGGAAUAGGACUUGGUGAAGAUAAAACUGCAGCUAAAGUGGGCAAAGAAGAAGAAGAAAAAGAAGAAGAAAAAGAAGAGGGAAAAGUAAAGGCCAGCUACACCAAGCUGAAAGAUCUUCCCAAGGCAACAAAGCUGGUGUUUUCACGACUUCCCUUCGUAUUCAUAACACUGGGUGUCUGCUUGGAAAAUUUUAACAUGUCAGUUGGAGGGGCGUUCAUGCCAAAAGUCAUACAAACGCAGUUUUAUCUGCCGCCUGGCAAGGCAGCUCUUCUGUUUGGCGUGAUAGCUAUACCUUGUGCGUUCUCUGGCAACUUGUUAGGGGCGUAUAUCAAUAAACGUCUGAAGCUGAAACUGACUGAAUCCGCCAGGAUGUGUUUUAUUACUGCAGUACUUGGAGUUAUCCUUACGUGUUUUUUACACGUUAAAUGUGACACUCCAAAUAUUGCUGGUGUCAAUAGACCAUAUCUGAACAGCUCGGGUUCAGUCCAACUCUCUUCACCAUGUAACCAGGCCUGUAACUGUACUGGUGUAAGUUAUGUUCCUGUGUGCGGUGGAUCGCUGACCUAUUUUUCUCCAUGUCAUGCUGGCUGUAACAAAGCAAACAAAACGAACAAGGGUUCUUUUUCUUACUCCAACUGUGCCUGCGUCGCUAAAACUGGCCAAACGUCCGGCGAAGCGACGAAAGGCACCUGUGGUGUUGACUGCAGGUUGAACUUGCUCCUGUUUUUGAUCAUUCUUGCUCUGAUGCCUUUUACAGCCUGUGUGAAUGACAUUCCCGCCACUAUAGUUACCCUGAGGUUUGUCAUGUAUAGUGUAGCUUUAGAUCACGUUUUGCGAAAAAAUGUUACUACACUACAUCACGUUUCAUGUAACUUCGUGCGCAGACACCCUUUGAACUCGACACACCAACUUUGUUCUCAGGGUCCUUUCACCUCCUCACUCGAGAAACGAAGGAAGAGAACAUAUAGCUCGGGUUCAGUCCAACUCUCUUCACCAUGUAACCAGGCCUGCAACUGUACUGGUGUAAGUUAUGUUCCUGUGUGCGGUGGAUCACUGACCUAUUUUUCUCCAUGUCAUGCUGGCUGUAACAAAGCAAACAAAACGAACAAGGGUUCUUUUUCUUACUCCAACUGUGCCUGCGUCGCUAAAACUGGCCAAACGUCCGGCGAAGCGACGAAAGGCACCUGUGGUGUUGACUGCAGGUUGAACUUGCUCCUGUUUUUGAUCAUUCUUGCUCUGAUGCCUUUUACAGCCUGUGUGAAUGACAUUCCCGCCACUAUAGUUACCCUGAGGAGUGUCCCACCCGCUCAGCGGUCCUAUGCGUUAGGAAUCCAGAUGGAUCUUGUCCGGAUUCUGGGGGCCAUUCCAGGACCCAUUGUUUUUGGCGCCUUACUGGACAAGACAUGCAUACUUUGGAACACAAAGUGCGGUAGAAAAGGCCAUUGUCUGGAGUACGAUCAUGAUGGACUGGCGCAAGUGGUGGUGGGAGUUUUCGUCGCGUGUAAAUUCAUUACCAUGGUAUGUUUCUUUCUCUCGUGGUUCUUUUGCCGGCGACUUCAAGCCACGGAAAAGAUGAGAGAUGUUAACAAUGAAGAUGGUAAAAAGGAAGGAGAAGGAGAACGUGAAAAAGAAAAAGGAGCUGGAGCCAGUGAGAAAGAAUUACCCUGUAACAUGGAGACAGUGAUGUGAAAAGAAUGUGCCUUUAAUUUAGGAAAAAAAGCAAUAGCGUAUGUUAUCAUUUAUCCAAGUACUUUCAAGCUGUCUUGAAUUCUCUACGAUGUUUUGUCUCAGAUUCACUGCAAUAUGAACAUCAGUGUUUGCUUAACGCUACACCCCGGAUGUUUUUUGGUCUCCUGGUGGUUUUCUAGAUGCCUAUCUUAAUUGUUGUACUUGUGUAUACUUCUUUUAUUAUUGCGGCAAAUAAAUGAUAAUGAUUAUGAUGAUUAUGAUGCUUAUGAACUUGCAGAAUUCGUUGCACGUCCAAAAAUAUUUCCUUUGAAGUCCUUAACAUGUAUCGAUGAUGUCAUAUGGCGUAGAAACGACGUCAUUAUCUCCAAACAGCUUCCACCGUACCUUGAAUUUCGUGAUUUUUAUAAGACCUCUGAAAACCAAAGGAGUCCAAAUUGAUAAAGAAAGCUCAAUUUAUCCUAAAAAGUAAAAAUUCAGAAUGUAACAACGUUUAAAUUACAGUUGCCAUCUUUGACCAAUAACAUAUCAUAUACAAAAUUGCUCACAGAUAAAUUUUAACAGAAAUCACCAAAUUUGCCUUUAAAGACCUUUAAAGUUACAACUGUUCAAAGUUGAUCAUAAAUCAGAGUUUUUUAUUCAUAAUAUUGUAAUUAUUUUCGAAAAUCUCAAGCAAAGGAACUGCAAAUCACUAUGACCUAAUCCGAGAGUUUUAUACUUAUAAUGUUAUUAAAAAGUCUGAUGGAAAGAAAAGAGUGUAGUCA